AUGGCGAAACAGUCGACCGUGACGAAGAGCGCGACUUCCAAGGGUGUGCAGUUCAUGAGCACCAAAACACCCGGCAAUUUUCAGGUGACACGAGAACGAGACCGCCAGGAAGUGCGCGCUUUGGCGAUCCGCGCAGCAUCCUUUUCUCGCCCAAAUAGGAGGAAGAAGAAGGACCGAAGAACAACCUCUCAAAAACCCCGAUCCUGUUCUGAUUCUGUCAAAGAGACGUCAGCUGGGAACACUCGAGGCGAUCCGCCUGUUUCGCCUGUCGUUACUCCCGAACCCUAUGGACUUUUGGGAAAUGGAACGUCUGAUCCCUUUGACUGCAUGCCGGUUCCUAUCACCGCUGACUCCCACGACAUCCUGACCUACGUCCGAUCGUUUACCUAUGCAAUCAACUGGCCCGAUGAACUUGAAGCGUGCCGAGAGGGAGGGAGUUUGUACCGAAUGCAUCUCGUCAUGUACAGGAAGUAUUUCGAACACGCGGCCCCUUUGAGCGGCUUGCUGUCCUACGUGUACAACCUCAUGGCCAUCGCGCAGCCAGAAAGGGCCAAUUGCUACCGCCAGGUAUCGAUGCAACAUUCUGUGCACUGUUUCAGAGGCCUCCGAAAGCUGAUCGACAACCUGGACUACUCGUACGAUCAACUCCUUCUCAUCUUGCAGACCAUCUGGCCGCUGGCAAGUGCAGAAUAUUCCGAGUCCGUUCGAACAGGGGACGACAAGUGCUCCCAGCAUCGUGACGCCUUGAAGAAACUUAUUCGCCUCCUGGGAGGACUUCACAGUCUGCCCCUGGUAUACAGAGAAUUGAUUGUGCAUUUCUUCGCCAAGAUUGCGGUCGUGACGGGCGUUUGCACCGAAAUUGAUCCCUUGUCGUGGGACCCUGGACCCUGGAGUGGUCAAUACAACGUAUCGAUACCUCCCCAGUUUGACGAGACCCGAAACGUGGGAGGAGCUGGGCAGACUGGUGACCCACAGACUUUGGCGGAUAUAUUCGCCGCACUGAGAGAACUGGUCGCUGUUGAAGAAGUGAAAAGGCGUGGGACUUGGUCCGAUGAAGACCACCUCAGUCCGAUAUUCCGGUGGUCAUUCUUGCGCAGAGUCGCCCUCAAGAUGAGGCUGUGGAAUCUUUGGCACAGUCCCGCCGAUCAGCUCGACACACCACCUCCGCCAAACACACCGCGCAGAUCGCUAGACUCCUCACUGUGUCUCGCGGCGCAACUAUUCAUAUACCUAAGCCUGGAAGCGCAUCCCAUCAGACAACCAUGGUUUUCGGCACCGACGCAACAUGCAGAAAUGUUGGAGCAGAUCAAGGCAAUGGACACGGUGCUCCUGCAGAGGGUGAAGUACCUCGACGCAACAGCAACGAUACAGGUUCCCUCGCUGGAGAGGCUAGCGAACAGUGAGCCGACCGCGCAUUCACAGGAGCAGGAUCUUCUCUGGAUCGUUGCCGUUGGGGCAUGCUUUGAAGAGGAGGUCAGGAAACAGCAAGGACGAAGCCCGACCACCGAUUUGACGGUGAUGCCAACAGCGAUUACUGCUGUUCGAGCAGGCCAACAGGGAGAGAAGAACCAGGUAGAGAAAAACGCCGUAACAACGACGCCGCAAACAGGCUGGUUCUUUAUGCAUUUUGGCCCACUUGCGAGAAAACUAGGGUAUACGAGCUUCGAGCAAGUGCGGGAGUCGUUUCGAACGGCACAUGUCUAUGAUGCGAUGAUGAUGGAUGAGACAUUAGGGAAGCUGUUUGAUAUGGAGGCGUAG